AUGGAUGUUGCUGUGAAUGCUGGAAAGCGCAGCAGAACAAACCCAGAUGGAGCUUCACCAAGGGCCAAUAUUAAAAGACCUAGGAGAGGUGAGGUCAACUUCCUUCCUUCUUAUCCUUCUGGAGAAACAAGGGAGUCUCUGGAAACCAGAAGACUUGAGAUGGUAGAGGAGUUCAAGAAAACCUCAGCAGAAAGAGACAUCCCUCUCAUUCAUCAGCAUAUGAUGCCCACUUUUGCCCUCCGGCGUGAAGAGAUUGUCACCACUUCUCCUCCUGUAUCAGAGCUCAAGGACAGAUGGCCAGCACUCUUUCAUGAGACACAGCUCUACUUUGAAUUUCAUCGGAUCACCAAUCAGAAUCUGCCACAUGUGUUUUAUGCUGCACUGGAUGAUUAUGCUCCUCAGCUGAUUGGACUUUACAAAAAGAGGAAAACUGGACGGGUCGGUGAAAGGAUGGAGCAGCUUUUGUUGGCAUAUGGAAAACAGGACAAAAACGACAUCUAUGCAACUAGAACAGCAGUUCUGGCUAGCCUACCAAUGUACCUCAAGGAGGAUCCUUCAGAGAUUUUCAAAACAUGCAAGGAGGAAAAUGAGUUCUAUGAAGCCACAAUUGCUCUGGUUCAUGUCGAUGAAGAGGAGGUGCCUGGAGGAGUUCCUUUCUCACCACGCCAAGUGUUCAUAGUACUUGAAGAUCAGGUUGUUAUGACUCAUCACUCAUGGAAUCUGGAUCGUUUAACGUUACGCGUAGAUAUUGAGGGAGGCAACAGUGACAGAGAUGGAGAGCGACAGAGAGGAGGCUUGGGGGUUCGCAUCAGUGCGCCCAGGACCCCACAGUUACAGCUGGAUACCGAGUGCCGUCUGGUGACUGAGUGUGAGAGCUCCCCCCAACCUAUUCCUACUUUAACGUAA